GUUACAACUACCUGAUAUAUAUAAAUGUAUAUGUCCAUCAAGCUUUAUUCAUAUUUCAAUAAUGAAACUCAUCUUAUUAUUUGUACUAACUAUUUUGUUACUGUCCAAUUUAGCUGAAUCCAAAUCUAGUCAACAGGAACUAAUUAUUGAAAGUGUCAAAUUAUGGAAUUCAAUUAAAGAACUUUGGAAGAGGUUUGAACAUAAGUGUCAAGAGAAAAUUCGAAAAUAUCUUGAGGAAGAUGAUUUAGGUGAAAAAAUAGCCGAUGUUUUAAAAAUUUGUACGUAUACUUCAAAAAAUAUUCAAUAUAAUCAUUUAAUCUUUUUCCAUUUGUUUAGAUGUCAAGCGUUUAAAUAGGCGUUUAGAUAUGCGUUUAUCAAUAGACAGACAAGAAUAAACAUUUAUCAUAGCUAAAAAUAUCUCAAUAUUCAAUGAAGAAGAAGAACACCAUUGUAAUGAAUUUUAAUUCAAUAAAGUAGCUGAAAACUAAUUCGUUGUUUGAUUAUAAGACAGAUAAUAAUUGUACAUGAGUGUCUAAAAUAUUUUUUGGAAGAAGGAAUGAAUACAUUUGGUCAUAUCAUUAUUGACAGUUUUUUUCGCUUUCUAUCUCUUAGUUUGAAUGUUAUAUGAAUUUCUCUCUUCAGCGGAAACAAAAGCUCACUUGAAGGUGUACAUUUACACUUCACACAUUUAACACUUAGGCCUGUUACCCCUCGUCGAGAAUGGGCUUCCGACCUACUCCAUCCUGAACUAUCCUUUCUAGCUGUUUCCAAGUGCUGUUCAUCUUUUAAUUUCUACCUCCGAUUUCCGACUUAAUUUAUUUUCCGAUCUACCUCUUUUUCCUUUGCCUUAAGGAUUCCAAGUUGUGACUUGCUUCGUGAUCCAAUUUAUUAUCGUCACUAUUAUUAUUGCUGCCAUUAUUAUUAUUAAUGACUUGACAGUUUGGUGAUUUCCUCAGUUAAUGUCCUAUCCAUCUCCAGCGUCUUUCCCUAAUUACCUAUUCAUAUGGAAGGUAAUUUAUUCUCUUCCAUAGUAUUGUGUUGCCAAUGGUUUCCGGUCAACGGACAUUGAGUAUCUUACGUAGACAACUGUUUAUGAAUAUAUGUACUUGUUUGAUGAUCGUUGUGAUAGUUCUCCAAGUUUUAGCGCCGUACAGUAAGACUAUCUUGACGUUCGCAUUGAAGAUUCUGACUUUGAUAUUGGUUGAGCGUUGUUUUGAGUUCUAUAUGUUCUUCAAGUGUAGGAAUGCUGUUCUUGCUUUGCCAAUCCUCGCCUUUAUGUCUGCAUCAGAUUCUCCUUGUUUAUCGAUGAUGCUGUCCAGGUAAGUGAACGUUUCCUCCUCUUCUAGCGUUUAACCAACAUGUGUUAUUGGGUUGGUUAGUGUUCUACGUGUUGUACUUGAGGAUCUUGCCUACUUACUUACUUUCUUCUUACUUCCCACUCUAUUAAUGCAUUUUGUACUUCAUUGGGCAGCAUCAGUGUAGCUCCCUGUAUGUGCGGAGCAUUUUCCUCUUCAAGACAAGAGUACAGCAGCAUCUCUCCUGUACCUAAUCCUUGCUGUCCAACUUGGGUCUAAUCGGUUCGAUUCCGAGCACUGCCAAGUCGUAUCUCCUCAUUUCCGCAGUUAUUUGACUGGUUCUCCCGGUUCCCCACAUUGUCCAGAUACUCCAUGUACCUAUAUUAAUUGUUGCUCUGGUUGUUAGAAUGGUUAACGACCUCAAGACUACCAAAGGAUCUCGAUUUUCACCCUUAGGCAUCAUAACUCUUCCUUCAAAUCCCAGGGCAGAGUUUAAAUGGUUUAAUUUGUUUAAUCUGGUUGGCAAUUUUUUAACAUGAUUGUUAUCUAUGGGAUAUGGUUUCUGACCGUGUGUUCAACCCUCUUCCUUCAUCUGGGCUUGCGACCAGCAGUACUCCUAAAAGGGAUGCAGGUGCAUUUGUGAAUUAUACACAUGGUGGGAUAUUUCUUAAAACACCUAGUUGAUAUCACUCAAGAGGCUACUCUCUCAAUAAAUUAAUUCAGUAUCUGGUAACCGAUUACGAUGUUGAAAACUAUUGUCUAAUAAUUGUCAAUUAGAGCUAUAGAUAUUGGAGACGUGUGAAUAUGAUUUAUUAAAUUGAUCAAAUAUUUUAUAUCGUUAUUAGAAUAAUAAGUGAAUGGUUAUCCAGUCUCAGUAGCUUCGUAGGUUACCUGUUAUUGUAUGUUUUGAAAUGUGUUAACUUCGAAUCUCUAUGUGAACACAAACAUUUGAAUAUGCAUAAAUGCAAAUGACAAGUCCCAGAUUGAGUGAAUCGCGUGACAUGGAUUUCAUUGCUAGCGGAAAUCUACCUUAUAUGUAUAACCAAAUAGUAAUCAAAGAACCGUGAAUUUGAAUAUCAGAUUUGACGGCGAAAUCAAUGCACCAAUGAAAGGAGUUGUAGUGGGUUCGUUAUUAGGUCUCAUACAAGCUGGCACUUUCCUAGCUAAACUAGGACACAGUCUAUUUCAUCAGUUUAUUCAGAAAUUCCCAUUUCGUUUUCGAUAUAUGGACGACAUGUUGUUCCACUUUAAAGAUAGCACAUUACAACUAGAGGUUUUGAAGAAAUUGAAAAUGAAGUACACAUAGCAAUUAAGUUUACACCUGAAAUAGAAUAACCUUUUUCGAUGUUCUGUUAACAGAAAGUGUCGAUGGGUCAAUAUGAAGGAAUUUAAACAUGAAAAGUACCUGUACAUACAAAUGAACACAUUUCGUUAGCUUUGUACGCCUUUAGUACACUGGAAACCAAAUAAAAACUAUUAGUUAUUGAAUAAGAAUGUACUUGAGGAAGAACCAAACGAUUUGCAUAUACUGCUCAGGAAAACAGGUACCCCGGGAAAUGUACAAACAAAAAUACAUCCACGAAUCUUAGAAUAGACGAAGUACAAACAAUUAGUAGGAAGUUCCUUUGCAUUUGUCAACAGUUCAGAGGUGAUGCACACAGUGAAAUACUAAUCCAGAAAUCAGUGCGAAUUUACGUCACCAGUGAAUAUUAAAGUAAUACUUUAUAUGACUAAUACACAAUGAGCUGUAUUCAUUUCCCCUACAAUUCCCAGCUGAUAUACUCAGUGAUAUAAUAAUCCAGAGAUCACGUCAAACAAUCAGAAGAGCAUCUGACACCGGAAAAUUAAAACUAGUCUACUUCACAUGACCAAUGACUACGUCGAGGUUAAAAGUCCAAUCGUCUAGAAUAGUCAUCUCAUUUUGUAUUGAUCAAUUCGACUACUGCUGUGAAACCAGUCAUCUUGAUCGAAGUUCUGAGAACUUACAUUUCCGUACUCGUGAACACAUUUCAGUGUGACUAAACAAACAUGUAGUCAAGACAACAAAUGAUUUUAUAAUUCCCAUCGUUGAGAUCAUGAGUCAAUUGAAGUUAGACCACCAUGGAAAACCUGGAAGCACUGGACGGUCGUUUCAUCUUAUUGUGGGACUCCUCACCACUACGCAUCCACGAUCCGGCCUCGCGGGAUAUCGAACCUAGGAUCUGUCGAUCACUCACACGAACAAUUAUCCUCUAGACCACUGAGCCAACAUCUAAUGGUGUUAAUGUAUAAAUUCAACUAAUCCAUGAAAUUGAGCGACACAUCCACAAUUGUCUUCAGUGAGUUAUUAUCUCACCACUGACACAGUGGAACUCCACUGGUCACUGCUUCUCAUCAGGACUCCACAAAAUACUUAUUGAAGCCAGUCACUA